ACACAACGUGCAAACCCCGCACUGUGCCAGGGGUCACUGACAGUGACUUGACUUUGAAAUGGAGUCAAUUGCGAGAUCGAAUGGGCAUUUGAUCACCAUGGAUACAGUGCGUGACGACAUGGCAGAGUUUUGGAAGAUGCACUCGGAGAGUGCCUCGGUCGAAGAGAUGAUGCUCGACUCUCGUGCCAGGGACCUGCAUCAGCAGGAGCUUCCCGAGAUCCUCUCCAUGCUUCCAGGCCUGACUGGAUGCAGAGUGCUGGAACUGGGAGCUGGUAUUGGUCGUUAUACCACGCACCUGCUCACUAAGGCAGCCCAUGUGACGGCUGUGGACUUCAUGGAAACCUUCGUGGAGAAGAACAGACAGGAGAACGGUCACCACAACAAUGCAACCUUUAUUCAAGCAGAUGUCAUAAAGAUGGAUUUCCCCCAAAACAGCUUUGACCUCAUCUUCUCCAACUGGCUGCUGAUGUACGUGAGUGAUGAUGAGCUGAAGAGCUUUGUAGAGAAGAUGCUGGGCUGGCUGCAGCCUGGUGGCUACCUUUUCUUCAGAGAGUCCUGUAACCACAGGUCAGGUGACAAACAAAGGGACUUUGACCCCACCAUUUACCGCACUGAGGAAUAUUACAGUCACCUGGUAUCGGCAUCACAAGUGGAGGAGCCAGAGAGAGGCCAGACGUUUGGUUUUGACAUUGUUUUGAAAAGAAAAGUCCAGACCUAUGUUCAGCUUAAAAACAACCCCAAUCAAAUCUGCUGGCUCUUAGAGAAGGUUCCACGCUCCGCAAACUCCCAGAAAGGAUUUUGCACCUUCCAGCAGUUCCUGGACAACCAACAGUACACAAACCGUGGCAUCCUGCGCUAUGAGAAGAUGUUCGGGGCUGGCUAUGUCAGUACAGGGGGGCACAGCACCACCAAGGAGUUUGUGGAUCUUCUGGACCUGAAACCUGGACAGAAGGUUCUGGAUGUUGGCUGUGGCAUUGGUGGAGGAGACUUCUACAUCGCAAAGACCUUUGGUGUGGAAGUGCUUGGCCUGGAUCUGUCAGAAAACAUGGUGGGCAUCGCCAUGCAGAGGGCGAUCGCUGAGAAGCUGCCAUCGGUCCAGUUUGAGGUGGCUGAUGCCACUAAGAGGAUGUUCCCAGAGGGUUCUUUCGAUGUGAUCUACAGCAGAGACACAAUCCUGCACAUAGAUGACAAACUGGCUCUCUUCAAGCGCUUCCAUUCAUGGUUAAAGCCUGGUGGCAAGUUGCUUAUCAGCGACUACUGUUGUGGGGAGAAGCCGUGGACACCAGCAUUCGAGGCGUACAUCAAACAAAGAGGCUACAUCCUGUAUACACCUUCACAGUAUGGCAAGUUCAUUGAAGAGGCUGGCUUCAGCAAUGUUCGGGCCGAAGAUCGGACAGAGCAGUUCAUCCAGGUGAUAAAGACAGAGCUGCAGAGAGCUGAGGCCAUCAAGGAUGAAUUCACUGAGGAGUUCUCUGAGGAAGACUAUUUUGCAAUCGUGAAUGGAUGGAGGGAAAAACUUGUCCGUUCCAGCUGUGGAGACCAGCGAUGGGGACUUUUUCAUGCAAAGAGAGAUUGAGUUUUUGCACCAGGGAUGGAGAGGAAAAUGUGUCACAGUAAAAGUUUUCUUCCCGCA